CUUGUCUCAGUGUCUCGUUUGCGUCGACGGCAUUGAGGCUACUGUUAUUGUCUGUAGGCGGGAGCCAGGGUACAGGGUCUUUUGUCUGUGUUUGACUCCGUAGUUUGAUCCGAGGCCUUCCGGUGCUUUCCCGGGGCAGCCAGCAGAAGCCGAAGCGGCCGCCCCCGCCCCACCCCUCAGUCCCGGGACUCGGGAGGGAACGAGCCCGCGUCACGCCCCUCAGCGUUCGCCUUUCCCUUCUCUGUCGUUGCAUCUGCAUCGUGUCCCCGGAAUCAGACGGUGCCCCAUAGAUGGCCAGCUUUCCCCCGAGGGUCAACGAGAAAGAGAUCGUGAGAUCACGUACUAUAGGUGAACUUUUAGCUCCAGCAGCUCCUUUUGACAAGAAAUGUGGUCGUGAAAAUUGGACUGUUGCUUUUGCUCCAGAUGGUUCAUAUUUUGCUUGGUCACAAGGACAUCGUACAGUAAAGCUUGUUCCGUGGUCCCAGAGCCUUAAGAACUUUCUCUUACAUGGCACCAAGAAUGUUACUAAUUCAAGCAGUUUAAGAUUGCCAAGACAAAAUAGUGAUGGUGGUCAGAAAAAUAAGCCUCGUGAACAUAUUAUAGACUGUGGAGAUAUAGUCUGGAGUCUUGCUUUUGGGUCUUCAGUUCCAGAAAAACAGAGUCGCUGUGUAAAUAUAGAAUGGCAUCGAUUCAGAUUUGGACAGGAUCAGCUACUCCUUGCAACAGGAUUAAACAAUGGUCGUAUCAAAAUAUGGGAUGUAUAUACAGGAAAACUCCUCCUUAAUUUGGUAGAUCAUACCGAAGUGGUCAGAGAUUUAACUUUUGCUCCAGAUGGGAGCUUGAUCCUUGUGUCAGCUUCAAGAGACAAAACUCUCCGAGUGUGGGACCUGAAAGAUGAUGGAAACAUGAUGAAAGUUUUGAGAGGACAUCAGAACUGGGUGUACAGCUGUGCAUUCUCUCCUAACUCUUCUAUGCUGUGUUCAGUUGGAGCCAGUAAAGCAGUUUUCCUUUGGAAUAUGGAUAAAUAUACCAUGAUUCGGAAACUAGAAGGCCAUCACCAUGAUGUUGUAGCUUGUGACUUUUCUCCUGAUGGAGCAUUACUGGCUACUGCAUCUUAUGAUACUCGAGUAUUUAUCUGGGAUCCAUAUAAUGGAGACAUUCUGAUGGAGUUUGGGCACCUAUUUCCCCCACCCACUCCAAUAUUUGCUGGAGGAGCAAAUGACCGAUGGGUACGAGCUGUAUCUUUUAGUCAUGAUGGACUGCAUGUUGCAAGCCUUGCUGAUGAUAAAAUGGUGAGAUUCUGGAGAAUUGAUGAGGAUUAUCCAGUACAGAUUGCACCUCUGAGCAAUGGUCUUUGCUGUGCCUUUUCUACUGAUGGCAGUGUUUUAGCUGCUGGGACACAUGAUGGAAGUGUGUAUUUUUGGGCUACACCAAGGCAAGUUCCUAGCCUUCAACAUUUAUGUCGAAUGUCAAUUCGAAGAGUAAUGACCACACAAGAAGUCCAGGAUCUGCCAGUUCCUUCCAAAGUUUUGGAGUUUCUCUCCUAUCGUAUUUAGAUGGCUCUGCCUUUCCUAGUAGUGGGAAUUGACAGAAUAUACUUAACAAACCUCAAGCUCUACUGACUUCAAGUAUCUGUUUUUAAAGAUUUGAAAGAAUUAUUUAAUUUGAUACAUUAUGUGCUACAUUUUCAUCAGUUGAGCUUCUAAAAUAUUAUUUAUAGACUGUAGGAGAACUUUCUGAACAUAUGUGUAAAAUUUUUUUUUAAGAGUAACUGUGAAAACAUACAGACAUGUAUAUAUUUAGACAUAAGCUGCUAUGUGUUAAAUGGACCCUUCCUUUGCUUUUCUAAUUUUUAGUUUUGGCCUGUAUAUAUUACUUCUGUAGAGCCACAAUAAGUAUUUUUACUGUAAAGUAUGAUGAUUUUUUUUUUCUUUUUUUUUUUUGAACACCAAGUUAGAUAGUAAAUUUCCACUUAAGGCUGAAUUGCCUCAUACAAAAUGAAUUUGGUUGUGGGGGGGUGUGUGUAUUUCAGACUGACCUGCAAGUGAAACAGUUUUUGUACAUGGAAAAGGAUUUUGUUUUAGGGAUGGUAUCUGAGAGGAGGAGUUUGAAUGUGACACUACUUAAAAAAAGAAAAGAAGAAAAAAGAGCCAGGAUUUAACUUUAAAAAGGGUAUCUUUCUUUUUCUCCCCUAAAUACUGCUGUGAGCCUUAAUGUAAAAAAGCAACUUGCCUCCUUACCCCUAUGCUAUAGAGAAUUAUACAUUUUAGUCAAUUUGAAAUAUCCCUCUACUGUAUUAUUGGUAAAUAUUUUGUUUGUACUAAGGGACAACUAUUUUAAGACCCUUUUUUUUUUAAUAUUCGGUGUUUCUGCAGAGGAUAAUAUUGGUGACUUGCCAAAGAGAAGCAAUAUAGUAUAUCUGCUUUUACCUUCUGGUAUUUAUCUUAUCUGCAGAUAUUAAGAAUGUAUGCAUUACAUAAAAUGCUUGAUUAUAUAUUUUUUGUUGAGUUUUUUUUUUAAUUAAAGACUUACGAAAAACUUGGU